GAUUAGAAGUAAGUUCGUGCGGCGCUGGUGAGUCCUCGUGCUGGUCCGGGCAACAGAACCGACGGGCCACGGCCGUGGAUCGAAUCUGGAUUAGCCUUAUUUGAGGAGCCUCUGGUCUUGCCCAGACCACGGAGUACCUAAUAAGGUGAAGGCUACUGACCUACUCUGUAUGUACUCCGUACUGUAACUACAGUACUACAGUACGGAGUACCUACGAACUACUCACCUGAAGGAUUGAAGGAAUCUUCAGCCAAUGGUCCAUCUCCCCGACCUCCGUCAUCUGACGGGAGAUUCGGUGUUGCCAGUGCUGAGUGACGGGGGUCUGGCUCCUUCUGGGUCUCCGAUGAGGUCCGGAUUCGGACUCCGAGAACUUGGAGGCAAGUUUGCCCACGAACCUGGAACUAUGGGAACUGCAAUUGUUUUUGUGCCAAACGGCAAGCAUCCAUUGUUUUUCGAUGCCAUCAUCUCGAUCGGGUACCCUCAAGCGGCGGACAUCGAACCUAUCAGAUUGCUGUGUGACCCAGAGAACCUUACCUUCAGUUCCAUCCAGUUCAAUAUUAUGACGAUAUCCGUUGACCUACAAGGUAAGUUAGGCUUGGGCCGUGUAGCCCUGUGCAGGUGUUCUUCACAGAACGGUGGUUCUUGGUCUUGUGCCAAUCACCAUGCGCGAUCACAGCCCAGCCAGCAAAUUCCAGCCCCACGUCUAGAACUUGUGGUUCAUGUUUGGUUUAGUCGAGUUGAACUGGGAUAUUUGGUGGCUCUUGAGGGAGAGAGAGAUUUCCAGCAUUUCCGGUUCUUCAAUAAUACCGGCAAACGGGUCUUCCUUCACUUGGGUUCCAUCAUCCAUGUCUCCGAGGGAUUGGGCGCGCGGGCCCCGCCGGGGACGGUCGGUCUCGGCCAGGAUCCACGAGGGUUGGGGUUGCUAAACGCCUGGGCGGAAGGAGAUCGUCGCGUGGGAAUUUUUCGCUUCUCCUUUUUCGCUUGGGGAGUUUCAGCUUUUGACGUGCCGGUUGUUUGUUGGUAUGGAUAUUAUUGUUGCCUGUGGGAGGGACUGGGCUGAUGUGCUGGGCUUAUUGAGUCGCGGGAAUAGUUGCAGAUCCAAGAAUCUAGGUUUGC